UGCAUUGAUUACUUGUCUAUUGAGCCAGAUAGUCGGGACACCAGAAAUGUGUUAGUGUUGACAGACCAUUUCACAAAGUUUGCAGUCGCGGUCCUGACAAAAGAUCAAAAGGCUAAGACCAUAGCCAAGGCUCUUUGGGAUCACCUUAUCAUCCCCUAUGGUAUCCCUAGCCGUCUGCUUAGUGACCAAGGUAGAGAUUUUGAGUCUAAGCUUGUUAAAGAGCUCUGCACAUUGAUUGGGACAAGUAAAAUUCGCACGACGCCCUAUCAUCCACGGGGAAACCCGGUGGAAAGGUACAAUAGGACUCUCUUAGACAUGUUAGGCACGCUGGAGGACAAAGACAAGUACCAUUGGAGAGACUUUGUUAGGCCAUUAACACAUGCCUACAACUGUACACGAAAUGACACAACAGGGUACUGUCCAUACGAACUCAUGUUCGGCAGACAGCCGAGGUUGCCUGUUGAUCUUGUCCUUGGUACUCACCCGGGCAAAACCAGUCCAAAGUCUUACUCUGACUAUGUUAAAAGUCUUCGCCAAAACCUCCAAGAGAGUUACACCCUUGCCAGCGAACACUCACAAAAGAUGGGUGAGAAAAAUAAAAUGAGGUUUGAUAAAAAGAUCAAAGCUGCAGAACUGUUUCCAGGUGACAGAGUUUUAGUAAGGAACGUGAACGUUAGAGGGAAGCACAAACUCGCUAACCGUUGGGAACAAAAUAUUCACAUUGUUGUCAAACGUGUCAAAGACAGCCCAGUGUAUGUUGUCAGACCGGAAAAUGGAGACGGUCCCCAGCGUACAUUACACAGGGAUUUGCUUCUCCCUUGCGGGUUCUUACCUGUUGAAGGUCAGAUUGGAUCGGACUCCCAAAAUGGAAAUCGAAGGAAAAUGAGAACCAGGAGUAAACCAAACCGCACAAAAGGCAAUGACAAUGAUAAUGGAGGAGAGUACAGUGAUGAGAUGAGUGAUGAAGAGGAAUUAUGUAUUGGCACAUGGAAUCCACAGAUCAUCACAAAAGGCCCUUACUUUCAACCUGAGUCAACUCAUCCUAAAGCCCAACAGCAGAUGGACAGUCAUCCCCCUGUAUCAUCCCCUGACACUGUUGUACCGGAAACGUCCUUACCUGAUAUUGGAAAACCUACCUUGACGCAACCUGAAGUCUCUAACACAAGUCGUGUGGACUAUGUUCCUUCCGAUGCUAGGUCUUCAGACCAUGUUGUGAUUGACAUUCCCGAACCCGACUUGACACCUACCAUGACUGAUGCAGAUCUCACUCCACCAGAGCCUGCAGUCAUUAAUGAUGAUACUGCUAGUACCGAUGCUGGUGCUACAGAACCAGUAAGGUUGAGGCGCUCUGACAGAGAAAGACGCCCACCUCAGAAGUUCACUUAUGAUGAGUUAGGGGAGCCGCUGACCUUGGCUAUUAGCUCCUUUUUCCAAACCUUAGGUGUUGCAUUCUCUAAAACUGUCAUGUCACCUCCACCAGGUCCCAGUUGGUCAACGAUGCAUGAAGGGACUCAUGCCGUUUAGAGGGGGAGAGUGUAACCCAUGGUUAUUUUAUUGACAAUUGUAUUGUAUUUUUAUUCUAAUUUUAAGUGUUACUGUUUUGUUAAGUGCUGAGUUUUCCCAUGUACCGUGAAUGCACCAUAGCGCUGUGCGUGGUGACUUUCUUUCACUGCAUCCGCCUGCACGGAGCUAGAUGCACAAAGCUGUGUGGAGAUUCAGUCCUGUAACGUGUUGCGCUACGGAAUUGUUUUCUUUGAAGAAUAUCCUGGCUGGUUUUUUUGUAGUAGAAAUCUGCUGCAAGGACCGAGUGGUGCCAUCUAAGGACUGGAUGCCACUGGAGGUGCCUAGAAAGGACAUUCUCAAUCUGAAGGCCACCUGUUUCCUUGGAGGGUGGUAGGAUACAACGAUUUGCAAUUUUUUUUUAAGGAUUAACGUUUUUUACUGAGAUCUCAGGACGCUUUAUGUUGUUACUUUUUCCUUUUUUGGGUCAGAUCUGAUUCCACUUAGCACAAAAAACUGAUGCAUCUAAAAGCAAAACUGUGACUAAAGACAAUUAACACUUACUGAGAACACUGAACACUAAGUGCACUAAACUGGAAUGGACAGCCUAUCUAAUACAUUUAUGGACACUUGAAGUGAUACAUUGUACAUUGUUGAUAUUUACAUGUUUGAAUUGAUUUAAAUGUUUUGUUCAUGUCUAUGUUGGACCAUUUAAAUGUUGAAUGCACUCAAAUCACUUUUUUCCUUUAAGUUGUUGUCAGUGUCUCAUUCUGAGUGGAGGGUUUUUCCUUCUUUAAGUUGAGUUACCACUGCCAGUCUCCUUACGAUCCUAACUGAACCCAACAAGAGUAGAUUCUGAAAUAUUGUUUUUCCUUGACUUUGUAUGACAGAUUAGUGUGGAUUUGAUUGAUUUUUGACUACUCAGUUAAAAAGGGUGACACAAAGCUAUUUGAUUUUGUGGUAAAGUGCUGAAAAUUAAUACUUACAAUAUGUUUUAGUUGCCUUUUCUUAAAUAUUACUAACAAGCUCUGGUUACAAGAACGUUUAGCUCAGCUGGCGUUACACAUCUUGUAACACCAAGCGACCUGGGUUUUUUUUCAGCAUCUACUGAACGUUUAGUGCAGUAGUACUGGCUAUUUAUAGUCCAAAUGAUGUCUUUUCAACAUCAAACUACAUGUGGUUUUUAUACUGCUUCUAUAUGCUCUGUGGUCCCAUGUUUCCAGAGGGUGGAGGACAUGUUUUCUAUAGGCUACCAAUUAAUUUUUCUGUAGCUUUGUUUACUCCUUUGUAUGUGUUUCCAGUUAUCACCUGCGGCUGAAGGAAUCAAAUGAAGUUAUUGGAAAAUGAUCUGGAACAAUGUGCCACCUUUUGAAAUGGGACUAGAUCAUAGGUUAUGAGUGAAGGAAUGCAGAGUGAUCAGCUGACAUCUUCAAGAUGGCGCGGGCUCUUGACGCAAAAACAAGUGAGCAUCUGCACAGUGGAUUUUGAGCAGAAAUGUCCGCGGCUUCUCAAAGAUUUCCCUGGACCUGUCCUCAUGUAACCUGUGCGACAGAGUGUGUGAGAAUUGGAUCGAGCUUUGUGUUUCUUGUGGAUCGGAGGAGACUGAAGAGGAGCAUGUGGAGUGGACCAUGGACUGAGUGUGGACCUAUGAGCGUGUGUUGAGUGCAAGCAUCUUUCCUUGUUUGUGUGGGUUCCCGGAACCCAUCUUUUCCCCCACUUUGUAAAUAGCUCACCAGGUGUUUCUGUAAAUAAAGACUCUUUAUUGUUCCCGACGCAGAGCCUGCGCGUGAUCCCGUUCAGUAACAUUGUGACACUAUGAGGUCAUUAAGAUAAGAUGGGACCUGACUAUUCAAGACCUUGUAUGUGAGGAGCAGGAUUUUGAAUUCAAUUCUGGAUUUAACAGGAAGCCAAUGAAGGGAAGCCAGUAUAGGAGGAAUAUGCUCUGUCUUUCUAGUCCCUGUCAGUACUCUUGCUGCAGUAUUUUCAGGGAGUUUUUAGGACACCCUGAAAAUAACAACUCACUUUUGGCUUUCAAGAAUAAAAGGAAUCAGGUAUUAAACUAGUUAGGCAAGUAAGCACUUUAUUACUCUUUUCAUGGGUGUGCACGCAUUCGUCUACUCAGACAGGUGUCAUAUUUGAACAAUCGUUGCCUGAUAUUAAAAUGGUUGAGCACAAGGCAAACAUUCUCCACCUGCCAAAACAUUGACACAAGACUUGUACGGUGUAUUAUAUACGUGAUACACCCAACGUGACGAGAUCCAUGUUCCUGGAAAUUUUUACCAGUCAUGAUAGCACUGGUUUUACUUUGUUAGCUAUUCUUUACUCAUGGUGACAUAUUUAACAGGAACCCCUGCAAAGGUGAUUUUGAGUGCAUUGUCAAAAGGUUUUUGGGACUUCAUUAAUGAAAUACAAAAGCUUAUGUGUUCAUUUAAAGCCUCAGUGCUCCUCCUAUUUUUAGGUACCCACAUGGAGUCCACUUCUGACCAUUUGAAUUUGUGCAUUUGUAAUGUGAGCUGAAUCAGCAAAUGUCUAAUUUGGCUCCAGUAUAGUCCACAUUCUUUUUGAAUUUUUAAUGUCUUUCUUAUGCUUCAUGUUUGCUAUCUUUGCUAGUACAUAAAUAAAAA